GCAGUCCACGAGUGGUUGUAAAGCUAAUGACAUCAUUGAGUGCACUUUCCUCCUCCCUCCUCCUUGAUCAGACAGGCUGCUGCUGCUGCUGCUGCUGCUACUGAGCUGCCUAGGACACACAGCUCUCAGCCGGGGGAAUUAUGCCCUGCCCAGCAGCGGCUGCUUUGCCUAUUUGAAGAGCCGAACCUAUGCAUACCAAGUAGUUAUAAGUCCGGGGAUAUCCCCGUGAUUAUUGGUUAUUAUGAGCAUGGAAGAUUAUGACUACCUGUUCAAAAUAGUUCUCAUAGGAAAUGCUGGAGUUGGAAAGACAUGUCUCGUCCGGCGCUUUACUCAGGGGCUUUUCCCACCUGGACAAGGGGCUACUAUUGGAGUGGAUUUCAUGAUUAAAACUGUGGAAAUCAAUGGGGAGAAGGUCAAGUUGCAGAUAUGGGAUACAGCUGGACAGGAGAGAUUUCGCUCCAUUACUCAGAGUUACUACCGUAGUGCCAACGCCCUCAUUCUCACAUAUGACAUUACCUGUGAGGACUCCUUUCGGUGCCUUCCAGAGUGGCUGAAGGAGAUUGAGCAGUAUGCCAACAACCAAGUGGUGACUAUAUUAGUCGGUAAUAAAAUAGAUCUGGCAGACAAGAGAGAGGUUCUCAGGCAGAGGGCCGAAGACUUCGCUCAGGCUCAGAGCAUGCUCUAUCUGGAGACGUCGGCCAAAGAGUCCGACAACGUCGAGAAACUCUUCCUCGACCUGGCGUGCGAACUCAUCCGAGAAGCCAAGCAGAACAAGCUCGACAACAAUGACACUGCCCCAAUGCCCGGAGAGGGUAAAACCAUCAGUUAUUUGAACUGCUGCAGCCUCAAUUAAAGGGAGCUCAGCUGCCCGGCUGCAGUAACUCGGUAGCCAUUGACUGUAGAACAUAGAUGGCUGAGCCCCAAUGCCUCCGUCCUGCUAAGAUGGCAUAAAGCCAACGCUUAGUUUGGUCAUGUUUUUCCCAUGCCUUUUAUACGCAGUACAAAGGAGCUAGUUGAUUUUAGUUUUUAAAAGUGCUACUAUCAUUAAAGCCAGUAUCCUCACUGGAUCAGGAUGAACAGGUGCACAUCAAUUGAUUUAAGCAUCAUCAAAACGUUCAUUUAAAUCACUAAUUCGAUUUAAAAAGUGAAACUUACACAUUAUGUAGAUUCAUUAUGAACAGAGUGAUAUAUUUUCUCAUCUUUCUCUUAACAGUACUCCAUUGAGUCUAAAUGGGGUUUUGCGCAGGCCUGUUUAUUUUUUAAUUCAGUACAUUGAUACCAUGGUCAUUAAUGCAGAGAUUGGAAGUUUUGGCAGUGUGGGCAGGUGUCAAGAUCUGCUGGAAAAGGAAGUUGACAUUGCCAGCAGAAGGAAGAGUGAAGUGCUCUUCCAUGGUAGGUGACUGUGCACUUCAGAAAACACAGUGCUCCAACACCAGCAGAUGACUCAAUUCCCCAAAAAAUUACUAACUGUGGAAACUCCACACCAGACCUUAAGCAACUUGGAUUUUGUGCUUCUCCACUCUUCCUGCCUCCAAAUGAAAUACACAUUUUACUUUCAUCUGAAAAGACGACAGUCUUGAUGUUUUUUCUCCUUAGAUAAGGCACCUCUGACACAUCUGACAUCAUCUCUGAUUCAGGAGUGGCUUAACACAAGGAAUGCCACAGUUGUCAUACAUUCCCAGGAUACGUCUAUGUGUGGGAGUGUCAGUCCACAACAUCUGAAUCUACACCAAACUCUUGAGUGGCCUUUGCUUCACAAUACUUUAAAGGCUGCAGUUAUCUGUGCAGUUAUCUGUCCUUCCACCAAACUUUCCAGUGAUAUACUUUGAAACAGCAGUCUGUGAACAGCCAGCUUUUUUAGCAAUGCCUUUUUGGUAUCUUACCCUCCUUUUGGAAGGUGGCUGCGACUCUGCAUGAUACCUGCCACGUCAGUUGUAUUUCCAAUGAAAAACUUGAAGAUGCCAUAACAUUUCUACAUUCAAAAUCCCUUUUAGAAAUAUAUUGCUCUGUGUGUAAUGAAUUUAUAACAUUUUAAAGGUUUCACUUAACUCGAUUAGUUAUUUAAAAAAAAAAA